GACACUUGUUAAUGGAUUUGUCAAUCAGCUCUUGGAAUUAUGUGGGAUCAGUUAAUGGUCAUGUUAAUUUGCUGUUCGCGAAGGCAGUUCCUCUGGGGAAGUCAUCGAAGUAGGAAGCCAACGGAAUGGCCGCGUACUCCAGCAGCGAUGAAUUCGACUUCGGCAAGUGGGAUUUCCCAGCGGAGCGCAUCUGGCUGCACAAAUCGAAUGGGGAAAUAACCUUGAAGAUCGGCACUUUCCUGCCGCUAAUUGCAUUCGGUUUAUAUGGGAACAUCACCAUGGUUUAUCUGAUAGCCACCAAUCGGUCGUUGAGGUCGCCCACCAACCUGAUCAUUGCCAACAUGGCUGUAGCGGAUCUGCUGACUUUGGCCAUAUGCCCGGCCAUGUUCAUGGUGAACGAUUUCUAUCAGAACUACCAGUUGGGCUGUGUGGGCUGCAAGCUGGAGGGCUUCCUGGUGGUGGUGUUCCUCAUCACAGCCGUGCUCAAUCUGUCGGUGGUCAGCUACGAUCGUCUUACGGCCAUCGUGCUGCCAAUGGAAACACGUCUCACUGUUAGGGGAGCCCAAAUCGUGGUGGUCUGCACCUGGGUCCUGGGCAUCCUGUUGGCCUCCCCUUUGGCUCUAUAUCGAGUUUACAGGGUGCGGGUUUGGAAAAACUUUACAGAGCGUUACUGCAAGGAGAACACCGUAGUCCUGCCUAAAUACUGGUAUGUGCUUAUCACUAUUUUGGUGUGGCUGCCACUUGGCAUCAUGCUUAUUUGCUACAUAGCCAUAUUUUAUAAGCUUGAUCGGUAUGAAAAACGAGUUCUAAGUCGCGAGAAUCCGCUUACGGUCAGCUAUAAACGCAGCGUGGCCAAAACCCUAUUCAUUGUUGUCGUGGUUUUUGCAGUUCUCCGGCUGCCCUUUACAAUCCUAGUGGUUCUGCGAGAAAAAUACUUCGACGAGGAUGUCUCCGUCAGCAGUGGAAUGCAAACCUUCUGGUACAUCUCACAGUAUUUGAUGUUCUUAAACGCCGCCGUCAAUCCGCUCAUCUAUGGAUUCAACAAUGAGAACUUUAGGCGAGCCUACAAUCAAAUUUCAUGGGUUCGUCGAUGUCGGGAGGCAGCGAAAAUGAAGAAGGUAUCCAAAACAUCGAAUCAUUGCUGCUAUUGCAAUUUUAUGAAGAAGGGCAAAAGAAAAGCAGAGGCUCCACAAGAGCCGGAGAAAGUGGAGGAGGAUAUGAGCAAGGAUCUAUCAUCAGAGAAACCGACAGCCGAGUCAACUGAAACAAUUCGAGAUGAACCCGCUGACUUACUAGUGUCAGAAAUUGAGGCAAAUGGAUUUAUUUAAAG